AUGUCGAGAUUCUUCAAGGGAGGCUCAAAUGACAGUGAUGCAGAAUCCGUGGACUCCUCCGAAGGCAACCGCGUAGUUGCUUCAAAGACGAAGACUGAAGAGUCUUCUUCAGCGGAGGAAGAAUCGAGUGAAGAGGAAAGCUCAUCAAGCUCCGCAUCAGAGUCUUCUGAAAGCGAAUCAGAAUCAGAAUCAGAAAGUGAAUCAGAGUCCGAGUCUGAAUCUGAAAAAAGCAAAGAGUCCGAGUCCGACUCUGAGACUUCUGAUGAAGACAAAUCAGAACAAUCCGAAACCGAUAGUGAGGAAGACAGCGAAAGUUCUGAAUCCGAGUCAGGUUCUGAAGAGUCAGAGUCUGAAAGCGAGUCAGCUUCCGAGUCUGAAUCUGAAGGCGAAGCGGAAUCCGAGUCUGAAUCUGAGGAAUCAGAGCGCGCUGGUCCCAGUUCUUUCUUGAAAAAGCCCGAGGAAGCCAAGCCCGCUGGUUCUCGUUUUCUUCGUGGUGAAAGUAGCGAAGAAAGCAGUGAUGAAGAGGAGGGUCGCCGUGUCGUCAAGAGUGCUAAAGAUAAGCGCUUGGAUGAAUUUUACUCUGUUAUCGAUAACAUGAAGAAUGCUAUGUCUGGAAACAAAUGGAUGGUAGUUUCUAAUGAAUUUGAUCAGUUAAAUAAGAUCGCUCAAAAAUCCUCCGAAGCAGGCCGCCGUCCUCCUGCUUAUAUUGAAUUUUUGUCAAACCUUGACCAAAAAGUUGAGGGCGCCGAUAAAGCUUUCAUCAAGAGUCUCGAUGCUGCCAAUGGUCGUGCUCUAAACGCUCUUAAGCAACGUGUUCGUAAAAUCAGCCGCCAAUUUACUUCAGAAAUCCAACGUUUCCGCGAGAAUCCUGAAGCUUUUAUGAAGCCCGCUGCUGAAGUCGCGGAAGUACCCAAACCUGCCGCGAAGGCUGGUCAAGAUGAGGUUAUCGUUGGCGGCGUUGCUACUCGCGGUAUCGUUGCUCCUACCACGGAUGAGCCUAAGACUGAAGAAAUUUCUCCUUCCGACAUCUUCAAGCACCUUCGUGCUAUUUUUGAGGCUCGUGGUAAGAAGAGCACCGAUCGCACCGAACAAAUUCGAUUCCUUGAAAAAUUAUCAUCCAUCGCUGUUACAGAUUAUCAACGUCUUCGUGUUAAGGUCGCUCUUUUAGCUGCCCGAUUCGACAUUAAUACUGGAUCAAGCCAGUAUAUGCCCUUUGAGCAAUGGAACGGUGCUUUGAAGGAACUCCACAGCAUUUUGGACAUUUUGGAUGCUAAUCGAAAGGUUGUUAUUGUUGAACAAGUAGAAGAUGAAUUUGAAGAUGAGGAAGAAGCUGUUGCUGCUAGUGCUAACAAUAACGGUGUCGUUCAAAUCCAGGGCAGUGUCGUCUCUUUCUUAGAACGCUUGGAUGAUGAGUUCACUCGCUCUCUUCAAAUGAUUGAUCCUCAUGCACCAGAAUAUAUUGAGCGUCUUAAGGAUGAAACUGCUUUAUAUACAUUGCUUGUACGAAGCCAGGCUUACUUAGAACGUAUUGGCUUCGUUGAGAGCACUUCUCGUCUAAUUAUGCGUCGUCUUGAGCGCGUCUACUAUAAGCCUGGACAAGUUAUUCGUGCUAACGAGGAAUCAGCCUUGCGCGCCCUCUCUCCUGAUUUCGAUCUUGCUGUUACCCCUCGUGCAACUACUGAUACUCCUGAUAAAUUAAUCAACGCUCUUUGUGUCUACCUUUAUAAUCACGGUAUUAGUUUACUUCGGACUCGCGCCAUGCUCUGUCAUAUUUACCAUGAAGCUCUUCAAAAUCGUUUCUAUAAGGCUCGUGACAUGUUACUUAUGUCGCACUUACAAGAUAGCGUACACGCUGCUGAUAUUGCUACACAAAUUUUGCAUAACCGUACAAUGGUCCAAAUUGGCUUGUGUGCAUUCCGUAAUGGUAUGAUUCAAGAAGCCCAAUAUGCUCUCCAAGAUAUUUCUACCACUGGUCGUAUUAAGGAGCUUCUUGGUCAAGGUAUUCAAGCUCCCAGGUUUGGCCAGUUUAAUCCCGACCAAGAACGCUUGGACAAACAACUUGUCCUUCCUUUCCAUAUGCAUAUCAAUUUGGAGCUUCUUGAAUGUGUUUAUCUCACAUGCUCUAUGUUUAUGGAAAUCCCUGUAAUGGCCGCUGCUUCGGCUGCUUCUGAUGCUCGUAAGCGUGUUAUUAGUCGCCCCUUUAGACGCAUGUUAGAAUACACGGAUAGACAACUCUUUACUGGACCACCUGAAAAUACCCGUGAAUUUAUUAUGCAAGCUUCUAAGGCAUUGGCAGAAGGUGAUUGGCGUAAGAGUGAAGAAUUAAUUCAUGCUAUUAAAAUUUGGAGCUUGAUGCCAGACACUGACAAGAUCAAAUCUAUUCUCAGUGACAAGAUCCGUGAAGAGGGAUUACGUACCUACUUGUUAUCAUAUGCCGCAUUCUUUGACUCAGUGUCCCUUGAUUCUUUAGCGGAGACAUUCGACCUUCCUUUGCAACGUGUAACUGUUAUUGUUUCUCGUUUGCUCUCCAAGCGGGAGAUCCACGCUGCUCUUGACCAAGUGCACCGUGCUGUAAUUUUUGAGCGGGUUGAGAUUAACAAGUUGGAGAACAUGGCAAUUUCGCUUAGUGAAAAGACUGCACAAUUACAUGAAGCAAAUGAAAAGCUCUAUGAGCAAAAAACUCAACACACAAAUCCUCAAGAUAACAGACGUCGCGAAAAAACUGGAUCGGUGAAACGACGCAAUGAUCGUUCCGACAACCGGGGUCGUCAAGACAUGAAUUAA